UGAACAGGACCCCCUGCCUUGUUCCGGCUCCGCGCCGGGCCCGGCUGUGUCCCUGUGCUCCCCCUACCCCUCAGGGGUCUCUCUUCCGCCGGCUGCCGCUGCCUGCGUUCGUGUAUGUGCGACCGGGUCUCCAGCCCUAUGAGCAGAGGCUGGAGCUGCUGGCAGCUGGGGGCACCUGGGUGUUCGGGGAGCUCCUCCACUCUGUCCCUGGGGAGGCAGGUGGGUGCCUCUGCCCUCAUUUCCACCAGGCAGCUUCACUGGAACCGCUCCUGGAUGUGGAAGCUGCGAGGAUGGAUCAGCCUCGCUGUUCACUGCAGAUCCCAUUAGACUGCAGGGUGAACAUACUGCAUUCUACCUGUCCCUUCCCACCCAGGUAAUCCCAGAAGACCUUUCUUUACCAAACCCAGGGGCUGAUGCAUCCCAUUCCCUGCUCCGGUGCUGGACUCCUGCAUUCCAGGAUCUUUUCCCUACUGAUGGGAAUGAGGGUUUCUCCUCCCUAUUAUCUCUCAGCCUUGCUUGCUGCAGGAGAGGUGUCCUGCUGGCAAUCGGUGGCUGAGCAGCGUGCUGCCCAUUAUGGCUAGUUGGUUUAGGCGGCUCCUGCAUAAGCCCAAGCCCAGCUCAGUGGAAAGCCUCAAGUCCAGCCACUCUGCUUCAUCCUCACCUUCCUCCUCUUCAUCCUCUGCCAAGAGCUCCAGCUCUUCUCCUGGCAUGAGCUUGGCCACCAGCUCCAUCUCCCUGUCGCCUGUAUCGGCACCGGACAUCAGCGCCUCAGACAGUCCCCGGUGGGACAAGAGCUACGACGUCUGCAUCUGCCACAGCGAGGAGGACAUGGAGCUGGUGGAGGAGCUGGUGUCCUAUCUGGAGGGCCAACCUGAGAGCUUCCGUUGCUUCCUCCAGCUGCGGGAUGCGGUGGCAGGAAGCGCGGUGGUGACAGAGCUGUGUGACGCCGUGCAGAACAGCCACUGCUGGGUCAUGCUCAUAACCCCUGGCUUCCUGCAGGACCCCUGGUGCAGGUACCAGAUGCACCAGGCCUUGGCUGAGGCUCCGAUGGCCAAUGGACGCACCAUCCCAGUGCUGAAGGAUGUGGAUCGCAAGGAUUAUCCCAGGGAGCUGCGGAACAUCUACUACAUCUACAUGGCGCUGAAGGAGAAAAGCUUCAGGCAGAUCAGAGACACUGUCAUGCGCUACCUCCAGGAACUGUGCCAGAGCUCCACAAAAAGGAUGGAGUAGUGCUGGGAGCAGGCAGAUGCGUCCCCACAGGCAUCAUGGAGCUGUCACCGUUGGAUCUGGGUGUUGGCAUGUCCCACUGGACCUUGAGAUCAAUCCUGAGCUGCUCAGAGCAGACCUGGGAACACGGAUGGGGAGUUCCCCACAUCUGUGAGGGACAGCAGACCAGAACCCACCACGUCCCGGUGGCCAAAAUCUUCUCAACGGGGACAUGGACAUCCAUCACACAAACACUAAGUUGUGACACUGGGGUGUUCUCGGGGUCACCAGAGCUCUUUACUGUGCUGGCAUUCUCUGUCUUGAGGACUCUGGGACCCCUACUAAGCUGACAAGGCGCCUGCUGGGCUGUAGGCAGGACAAGAUGAGGCAGGCAGUGACUUUGCACGGAAUCGUUGCGACUACGAAAAUGCAGAAGUUUUAAAUUU